CAUGCCAUCUCCAACCACACUGAAGAAGUCUGAGAAGUCCGGCUUCAGCAGCCCCUCCCCUUCGCAGACCUCCUCCCUGGGAACAGCCUUCACACAGCAUCACCGACCUGUCAUUACAGGACCCAGAGCAAGUCCACAUGCGACACCAUCGACUCUCCACUUUCCAACAUCACCCAUCAUCCAACAGCCUGGGCCUUACUUCUCACACCCAGCCAUCCGCUACCACCCUCAGGAGACGCUGAAAGAGUUUGUCCAACUUGUCUGCCCUGAUGCUGGUCAGCAAGCUGGACAGGUCGGGUUCCUCAAUCCCAAUGGAAGCAGUCAAGGCAAGGUGCACAACCCAUUUCUCCCCACCCCAAUGUUGCCGCCGCCACCGCCACCACCGAUGGCCAGGCCCGUGCCUCUGCCCAUGCCAGACACCAAGCCUCCAACCACAUCAACAGAAGGAGGUGCAGCUUCUCCCACCUCGCCGA